AUGGGACAACUACGAAGGAGACCUACUCAAUGCUGCUUUUGCUGUUGCUCUUUUGAUUCUUUCCUGCCCACAACUGCAGCGAGGGGGGGUCACCUGGCUCUCCUCAAGUGGCUUCGCCUCGAGAACAAGUGCCCCUGGGACCACAGCGUUUGCUCCUCUGCCGCCUUGGGAGGCCACCUUGAGGUUCUUCAAUGGGCCACAGAAAACGGGGCCCCGUGGAAUGGCUGGGCCUGUCGAGGGGCUGCCCUGGGUGGCCACCUCGACGUGCUUAAAUGGCUGCGACGGAAUGGCUGCAGCUGGGAUGCAGACACUUGCGCCGGCGCCGCACAGGUAUACCUUCGGAGUAUUCCACCCGCCCCGGACCGAUUUUGA